AUACUGCUUGUCUUCCUCUGAACACUCCACUCCCGACAACAUGUGUUACUAUGGUGGAUACUAUGGAGGCCUGGGCUGUGGCUAUGGUGGCCUAGGCUAUGGCUAUGGCUGUGGCUAUGGCUGUGGUAGCUAUGGUGGCUAUGGUGGCUAUGGUGGCUAUGGCUAUGGCUGUUGCCGCCCACUGUGCUGUAGAAGGUACUGGUCCUAUGGUGCAUACUGAGCAGAACUUACUCAUAUCAUCUUUUUCUACUUCAGAUGUUCUUCAAUAUCUUCAUAAAUUCCAACCUUAACUUAAACUUUCUGAGGAAUAAUAAAAGAAACACAGAGCAAACCGACCCCAUUCUUCUUAUUCAAUUUGAUCACAUGAAUAUUUGAAGCAAAGCUCUUCAUAAUGCCUUGUGAAAUGUGACCUUUUUAUCCAUUUCCAUUAUGUGAAUAUAAAUAUAAAUAAAUAAAUACAU